UAAAGUCCCACAAUGCACUUUUGUUUACGCGGAAGUCGGUGUUGCGCGUGCGCAGAACGUGUGGAAAGCGUGCGAAAAAGGAACCGGCAAGAGAAAGAGAUGGCUUCGACACUUCCCAUGAACCCUAAACCCUUCCUGAAUGGGUUAACAGGAAAACCAGUCAUGGUGAAACUAAAGUGGGGAAUGGAGUAUAAAGGAUACUUAGUUUCAGUAGACGGAUACAUGAAUCUUCAGCUUGCAAAUACAGAAGAAUAUAUUGAUGGAGCUUUAUCAGGCAAUCUUGGAGAAGUUCUCAUUAGGUGUAAUAAUGUAUUAUACAUCAGAGGUGUAGAGGAAGAAGAUGAAGAGGGAGAGAUGAAAGACUAGCAAAAGUUUUUUAUUUUUACCAAAGACUCAUGUUCUGAAAGUUGCUCUUUAUCUGCUGGAGACAUCAUUUCAUUAA